AUGGCUUCUACUAAGCGAUCAUCUGUGAAUGGAAAGGGUGCACUUGAUGGCGCUUACAAAGUGUUUAUGAAGAGCACGCCCGUUUACGUGACAACAGUGCUGAUUGCCACGUUGGUGGCCGAGGGCAUUUAUGGCUCUGCUACUAAUUACAUCUGGGAAACCAACAACCGUGGUCGUUUGUACCAUCACAUUGAUUGGUCUAAGUUUUCCAGCGCGGAGGAAGAAGAUGAGGACGAGGGGGAAGACGAAGAGGAUGAAGCAAAGGAUGAAGAGGAGGAAGAUGGUGAAGAUCUUCACGAUGACGAUGAGGACGAUGUUUAA